UAGCGAGCGAGGCCGGCAGGCAGCAGCAGGCAGCCAUGAGCGGCGGCGGGAUGGAGGUGGAGGUCCGCGUGGUGGGCGGCGCGCGGAGCUGCUUCGUCGCGCUCCCGCUCCACCUCAUCCACGCCCUGGAGCGCACCUCCGCGUCCGGCGACCUCCCGCCCGUCCUCGCGCUCGAACUCCGCGGCCCCACCGGUGGCCGCUGGUCCCUCGCCUGGUCCGGCGCCGCGUCCCGAUCCCGCGCCAUCGAGGUUGCACAAGAAUUGGCAGACUGCAUUUCACUGCCUGAUGGAACUAUAGCACAGCUGAGCGUAGCUCGCUCUCUGGCCAAAGCUGACUCAGUCAGGAUAGAACCAUACAGUGAGGAUGACUGGGAGAUAAUAGAGAGCCGUGCUAAGUUGGCUGAAGAAACAAUCUUGAAGCAGGUAGGCAUUGUUUAUGAGGGUAUGAAAUUCCCCUUGUGGUUGGAUGGCCAUAAUAUUUUGAAGUUUGUUGUGAUGUCAUCUUGCCCAGAGAAGUCAGUUGUUCAACUUGUGCCAGGAACUGAAGUUGCUGUUGCACCCAAAAUACGCAAAGAGCCUUCUCAGGAUGUGAAAAAGCAAAGUGCACUGGAGGAACAAGUUAAAACAAAGGCAUUCCUGCGUGUUCAACCGGCUGAUAGGAAGCAUAUACAUACAUUCAAAUAUAAAGGUGUUGACAUAGGGGUGGUUCUCAGCUAUGCUGUGCUAAUACACCCUGAUACAGCUACAAGCAUUUCGGUUGGCAAUCUCCAAUUGGUCACUGUUUCACCUAAAUCAUCAAAGAAAAGACCCGCUCAAAAUGGCAAAGAAGUUGCACAAAAGAAGGGAAUGUCAGUAGCUAAAGAAAGAACCCACGAAGUUGUGGUUUAUAUCUUACUCUCAGACUCUGUUGCCAAAGGGCAUGUUAUGCUCCCCUACUCUAUUCGACACUUCAUAAGUGCUGGUGUACACUCAUGGGUGUAUAUUAAGACAUACUCAGCUAAUGUCACGAAGGAUGAGCCCAUAGCGACAAUAUCUUCUUUAAGGUUCAAGAUGCAUGUGAAAGAUGCCCAUGGUAACAGCGAAUUAGUCACUCAGGAUGCAGACACUUCUAAGAUAACCAGAAUUCCUCCAGAAAAUGAUGAUUUCUUCCAGGAAGCUCAUUAUGGUGAAAGCAAAAGUCUUCAGGGUGCAGAUAUCGAGAGCAUUUCUGAGUCUGUGUCAAAGCAGAAGUUUUUUAUUAAACAUUGGCUUCUCGGACAACUUAAGGAAAUGGGUUUACAUGCUAGCCAUACCGAGAUAAGUUCAAUAGUUUUACCAGCCAAUGUUGUGCUCCAUUUUGAGGUGGCAUAUAAAAAACCAAACAGAGGAGUUGAAUUACUAUACCUGCUCACAUUUACUUCUGAAAACUCUAGUUUUGACAAUACACAACUCAAGGUUGAGACUGCUUGGAGUGCUCCAAUUGGCAGUCCAGAAAAUGUGGAACUGCAUUUCAGGAAGUUGGAGUUGGGAGAGCCUGUAUCUUUUGGUUCCAUAAUGGAUAGUAGUGCGACUGAUGAUUUCAAGCUGACACGAUCUUCUUUAGGCUGGAUGGAGAAUGCAAUGUCAGAUGUGACAAAAAGAUUAUCUGUGCUCUUAUCAUCAACUAGCCUGAGGUUAUUUAACAGACUAAAGUUCCCCUUUCCUGGACAUGUUCUUGUCUAUGGGCCUCGAGGUUCUGGGAAAACUGCUUUGACCAGGGCAUCUGCAAAAUACUUUGAAGAUCAUAAAGAGAUAUUGGCACACGUAAUAUACAGAGAUUGUUCCAAACUUGCCCUGGGCAAGGCUAAGGAGACAAGGCAAGCAAUUGAGGACAGCAUUUCUGAAGCGCUGCUUCAUUCACCUUCGAUCAUCAUAUUUGAUGAUCUGGACAGUGUAGUUUCGGUCUCUUCAGAUCCUCAAGUUUCUCAAUCGUCCAGUUCUUCUGAUUCUCUAGUAAGGUAUUUGGCUGACAUUAUGGAUGAGUACAAGGAUAAGACUCGAAGUACAUGUGGAUAUGGACCUAUUGCAUUUAUGGCUUCAGUUCAAUCACUUCAGAGUCUUCCUCAAGACUUAACCUCUUCUGGUAGAUUUGAUUUCCACAUUGAGCUUCCUGCUCUUGCAGUCCCUCAGCGCAAAGCACUUCUGAAACAUCAAGUUGAGGAGCAUGAGUUGCAGUGUUCUGAGGAAGUUCUGUCUGAGAUAGCAUCAAAAUGUGAAGGUUAUGAUGCAUAUGACUUGGAAAUUUUGGUUGAUAGGGCUGUGCACGCUGCUGCUUCUCGGUUUGUUCUGCCUUCUAAUGCCUCUCCGAACUCUGUGAAACCAACUUUGGUGAUGGAAGAUUUCUCAAAGGCAAUGCACCGCUUCCUUCCCGUCGCAAUGCGUGAUCUUAGAAAAUAUGCUCCUGAUGAUAAAGAUGGUGGCUGGGAAGAUGUUGGAGGGCUAAAUGAAGCAGUAACUAUUAUUAAAGAGACUCUUGAAUUGCCAUCCAAAUACCCAAAUAUAUUUACCAGGGCACCUGUACGGUUGCGAUCAAACAUUCUCCUGUAUGGACCACCUGGAUGUGGCAAAACUCACAUUGUGAGAGCUGCAGCCGCAGCUUGUUCUUUGCGAUUCAUUUCAGUCAAGGGCCCAGAGCUAUUGAAUAAGUACAUCGGUUCAUCUGAGCAAUCUGUUCGUGACUUUUUUGCAAAGGCAGCUGCAGCAGCACCUUGCCUGCUAUUCUUUGAUGAAUUUGACUCCAUUGCACCCCAGCGAGGAACCCAUAGUGCUGGAGUUUCUGAUCGUGUUGUUAAUCAGUUCUUGACGGAACUAGAUGGUGUGGAAACUUUGACUGGAGUAUUUGUAUUUGCAGCUACGAGCAAGCCACAACUAAUUGAUGCUGCACUCUUGCGGCCUGGAAGGUUUGAUCGUCUAGUCUUUUGUGAUUUUCCUCGAUGGGAUGAACGUUUGGAAAUUCUGAAGGUGCAUUCCAGGACGGUUUCGCUGGCAGGUGAUGCCAGUCUGGAAGAUGUUGCUUCUCUGACCGAAGGAUUUACUGGUGCUGAUCUCGCCGCUAUUCUAACGGAUGCUGGGUUGGCAGCAGUGCAUGAACUUUUGGACAACCGGGAGAACGGGGUCCCAGAAAGCGAACCGUGCAUCAGCAAAGAACUUCUCAUGUCUGUCACUAGGAAGGCUAGACCUUCUACACCUGCAGACGAUAAGAGGCGGUAUGAUAGGGAGUUUGGUGAAUUUGUGUCAUCCAGGAAGUCUAUUUCCACAAAGGCAAGAGAGUCGAAAGGCAAAAAGGUCACACUAGCUUGAGUCUCUCCAACACAUCAGCGUAUUGCGAAAUCGAUCAGCAGGAGAUUGCUAGGCACCAUGGUUGUGAAGCAGGAGCUUUGUGCUUGACUUUCCUCCGAAAGAAACAACAUAUACGAAGACAACUAACCAAGGUUCACUUGUGCUGUAUGCCGAGUGGAGGACAGCCAUUGAAAAGGAACCAAUGGCCGAAGGUGCUCCGACCAGAUGUUGAUAGCAUUGUCACAAUUCUUUGUACGACGGGGUAUAGUAUAGUACAUAGAAAUGCUAACAGAAAACAUACAUGUUAAUCCUUGGCUCGUCUGUAAAGGAUGCUGUGACACAGAGGCACGGAAAUGUUGUUUCUCUACGGGUGGAGCUGAUUGAUCCAGCUAUUCUCUGUGCGCCGAAUCGGUGAUUGAUCUAGUUGUGCUCAGCUCGGUGGGGCUUUUACCAUGGCCCUCUCUAGCCACGGGAUAAUGAAGGAUUUGCAAGGGUUGAGAGUUGAUUGGGGGGAAUAAGUGGGUGCCACCACUUAGCUCUCCUGAAUAAGCACCAGUUUUGUUGACAUUGUAAUGAUUUUUGGAUAGCAGAGCUGGUUGGUGAGUGGCUGCUUUUUGUUUGUAUCA